UAACCAAAACAAAACUUCCUUUACAGGCAUUCAAAUCUAAAAGGUGCAUGUCACAUCCUUGGUGAAUCACACAGCAGUGCAAAUAGUAGGGAGCACGCUUGUCUACUUUUGAUGAGAUGACCCUAGUCUCACCGUGCACGGGAGCGCAAGAUACGUAGCAUCAUGAUUCAUAUGAUGAUAAAUUAUAAGACAAUUUUAGAAGCAACUGCGUCAUACAUAGUAGAGUUUAGAAGAGUUUUACAGGGUCAUAUUAAUUUAAGAUUGCAUAUAGGAAAGAAUUGAUUCCUUUCCAGCAGUUGCCAUAGCUGGAAACACCCAUGGUGCAAAUAUAAUUGAGUACAGAUAUUAAGGUAGCAGUUUCUAGUGUAUGUUCAUAUAUAUACAUGCUUGAAAACCUGACAUGAUUAGUAGUUUUUUAAUUUCUUUUAUGACAGUGAAAUGUAUGGAAAAGAUAUAUAACGGUUAUUAAAGGUAACAAAUUAAUGAAAAAACAAGUUUGCAGUAUAGAUUAAUAAACAAAGAUAUUGUUUUCAAUCAGAACUGUUCACGCUAGACAAUAACUGUAUUUUCUGACAGGUACUACAUACAGGUAUCAUAAAAUGAUUAGCAUAGUUAAAUUUCUGAUAGCUGCGAGUGUUGUGUUAAACAUUGUAGUCGCACAAAGUUCAUUUUGCCCAACAAGGUGCUCAUGCGUUGAUGUAUUGGUCAACUGUACAAAGACAAACCAAACGAUUAUUCCACACAAAGUACCAACAGAAACCGAACGUUUAGUCUUGAGUGGAAAUUUACUGACUGGACUUUUUUUCUCUGAAGACAGAUUAGUUCGGUAUUAUUUAAAACUCGUUGUCCAUACUUCACACAACACAUUCAUGAACGUGAAAUAUGUUGAUAUUUCCAACAAUGCAAUCACCACAUUAUCAACAACAGAGCUUUUCAUUUUCACUACAGCACUGGAGGAGUUAAAACUUGACAGCAAUGAGAUUUCAACUUUUGUUGAGCACGGCAAUGGGGUUUUUCAAAGUUUGACAAAUUUGAGGGUACUGUCCAUGAGAAAUAACAAGCUGCAUUUCAGUUUGGAAGAAAACGAUUUUCUCGGCUUGGGAAACUUGACCAAUCUGGAUCUUACGAAUAACUUGAUACCAGGUGUCACAAAUGAAGCGUUUCAAUUUUGCUACAAUCUGGAAGAACUACGACUUGGUUCAAAUAGAAUUAAGUUUUUAGAGCCUGGAUGUUUUAAAGGUCUAGCAAACUUGAAAGUAUUGGACUUGUCGCACAAUUUGCUUGUGAACAAAGAGAGUUUGCUUUUUUCAAGCCCCAACCUGCUUGGAACUUUACUUUUGAACAACAAUUUACUGCAAGUUGUACCGAGAAUAAAUGCAGGGAACCUCACAAAACUUGAUUUGUCAAAGAACCAGAUUAAGAAUUUGGAUAAAAAUGCUUUGAUGGGGAUGACAAAGUUACAGCUGCUGAAUCUGACAUUUAACCUGGUUUUGCUCCCACCUGCUCCCGAUGUUGAGAGCAAUUUGAUCCUGGAUGCGAGUAGGAACCUCUGGAAUUGCUCCUGCACAUCCUGGAAGGGGGUGGAGGUGAAUAAUCAGAGCAUGGGAUGUACAGAUGAGGAUGGGGUGGCUGUGGCUCAGAUGCAGAGCACGGGAUCGUCAGUGUGCGUUGUGUGUUCCGGAGGACAAGUGAAGAAGAUGGAAGAGCUGAGAGCUGUAUGUGGAUGUGAUGAUGAGAAGCAUCAUUUUAAGAUUUUAAUUCUGAUAGGAGGAAUAGCAGGUGUGGUGGUUACAAUUAUGAUUGCUGCGGCUGUUUAUAAAGCCAAGAAAGUUCGGCUUUUCAAUUUAAAUAAAGAAAGGAAAAAAAAUGCACCGGAACCAGAAGUAAGAGGACCUCUAUCAUUUGCUGAACGCAGGAGACGGACAUUCAGACAAAUACGACAAGCUUUCGAGGACAGAGUUGGAUCGAGAAGAGGUAGUGAUAUUGAGUGUAUAAGCCACCAUCCUUAUUAUAGCAUAUCAUUGAAUGGGUAUGCAAUGAACACACAAGGUUACACACGUCCUGAUCCUAUCUAUAGUGUGAUACCAGACCCGUAUUCAAGCGCAAGUGACGUGCAAGCUUAUGUAAAUAAUGGACCACGCGAAAGUCAAAGCACAACCACAAGCACUGUCUCCAUGGAAAGCAGCAGCAGCCAGAUGGGGGGUGAAUUUCAAACAGGCACAGAAACUGGUGAAUAUUGUUUCCCAUCAGGACAGGUUGUCCCUGGGCCAUUGGAUGUUGCUAAAGUGAUUCCAAAAACAGGAUUUGCAAGAUCAGAACUUCCGCUUAUGCCUCCAAAACAUUUAAAACCUACCCAUAAAAGGGAACCAUCAAACGCAUAUGAAAUUCCCAUUAGGUCAAAAUCCCCCAUGGACAAUUAUAUUGACUUGAAUAGGUGACAGCAUAUGGGGCUUUUGUGAUAUAUUGAAGUAUUUAUUACAAAAUCUGGGAUAUGUUUAAAAUGCAGUUAAACCCAUAGGUGUUAAACAUUAGGAACUUUAUUUAUUACUUUGUUAAAUGCAAUAUACUUUGGCUCUGCUAGUUUGUAUAGAAAUCUAGCAUUAAAGCAAAAGCUGUUUUAGGUGUAAAACUGGGGUGCUCAAGUGUAUGAUAUUACCAUUGUCACCUGUUACAAAAGUUGGGGUGACAUGACACCCCAGGCCCCCAUAACAUAACAUAAUUUUUAUAAAUAUGCGAUAUGUACGUGUAUCUAACAAAACAUUGUUUUAAUAAAAUUCACAAAUUUUCUUGUACUUGACUCUAACUAUAGGAUCAGUUAUUAA